AUGCAGGAGGAGAGGCGCUCGCAAGAUACAUUGCGGAGUCACGUGCAGCCUGAGUUUUUUUGUACAGAGAUCGCGUGCCUCUCCGAAGAGCCGCGGCUUUCGGAGAAGAAGGUGACUCGACACUCGCUUACGGUUAGCGGUCGCUCGCAUCACUGCAGCGAGGAGAGCUGUUCAGCUGUGGUGACUAAUAGUCACUGCCAGCAGGGAAAUGCUACAACAACCCCAGGAACGGUGCCAGUCUUGCUGAACAAAAACCUCACUGGAAAAGUCAUUACUCAAGUUGCGUGUGGAAGUUAUCACUCUCUGGUUUUAACUCAAGAAGGAGAGCUGUAUGCGUGGGGACAGAACAACUGUGGCCAAGUGGGAUCAGGGUCGACUCCAAACCAGCCAACACCUUUUAAAGUCACCUCAGGGAUAGGUGCGCGGCGUGUGGUGCAGAUAGCAUGUGGCCAAACAUCAUCCGUUUGUGUACUCGACAAUGGUGAGGUGUUUGGCUGGGGCUACAACGGCAAUGGACAGUUGGGACUAGGUAACACCUCAAACCAAUACAAUCCAUGUCAAGUGGGAGGACUAGCUCAUGUUGUGGUGUCAAAGGUUACUUGCGGAUAUGCCCAUACAAUGGCGCUCACAGACGGAGGGGAUCUCUAUGCGUGGGGUGCGAAUUCGUAUGGACAGUUGGGCACAGGGAACAAGGCAACCAGCCCCAAUCCAGUGUCUGUCGGUAGUAAGAAGGGCAGGUUGGUGUAUAUUCAAGCGUCGCACUACACGCACAUUUCGGCAGCGAUCACGCACUCCGGCAUGGUGUACAUGUGGGGCCAGUGUCGCGGGCAGUCGAUCACCGAGCCAACAGAGACGUUCUUCUCAUGCCUGGACGACGUGUUUGCGUGCUACGCCGUGCCUGCCGUCACGUUCAGGGCUCUGAAGAUAGAGCACACAGAUCACAUGUCAGUCGCUCAGUCGGUGGCCAUGUCGUUUGAUGACCCGGCGACCAGUGAUGUGAAGAUUCAAUUGGAAGGGAAAAUCAUUCAUGUUCACAAGGUCGUACUGAAGAUUAGGUGUGAACAUUUUCGAUCUAUGUUUCAAUCUCACUGGGAGCAGGAUGGAAAAGACGUAAUUGAGAUAUCACAGUUCACAUAUCCAGUGUACAGGGCCUUCCUGCAGUUCUUGUACACAGACAGGAUAAACCUGUCACCGGAGCAUGCUAUAGGUUUGCUGGACUUAGCUAACUCGUACUUGGAGAGACAGUUGAAAGCUUUGUGUGAGCGAACCAUCAAGCAAGGAAUCACCGUGGAGAAUGCUGCCAUGCUGUACGCUGCUUCUGUUUUUCGUGAGUUACAGGAACUCGAGGAGUUUUGCCUGCGAUUCGCACUCAAUCACAUGACUGCCGUCACCCAAUCAGAGGCGUUCACUGAACUUGACGAGGCAACGCUAAAACGCUUCAUACAGCGCGCCGCCACGCAGGGAGCCUUCAAAAUACUGAUGCCUAGGUGGCAGCACCGUCCACUGUGCUCUCUCUGA